AUGUGGUCAAAGUUAAAGCAAGACAAGAUUAAGUGUGUGUCGAGAAAGAGUGAUAAGAAGCUUUAUGCGUAUGGCAGUAAACAGCCGUUGAACGUUCUAGGAACAUUCUCAGCACUGGCAAGAGUAGAGGGGAAAGAAGCCAAAGCCGAAUUUGUCGUUAUUAAUGGUGAAGGGGCAGCACUGCUUGGAAGAGAAACUGCCAUACAGCUAGGCGUGUUGAAAUUAGGAACCCGGAUCUGCACUAAGAGGAGUGCCCAGGAGUCAGACCUAGCUCCAGGUGACAAAGUCUUAGUAAAACAAGAGCGCAAAAACAAGUUGUCAACACCAUUUGCUUCUGAGCGUUAUGAUGUUGUAACCAAAACUGGGAACAGUGUUGUGGUUGAAUCACCAGAAGGCGUCCAACUUAUGCGAAACACAACCCAUGUAAAGAAGUAUGAGGAGGCAUCACAGAAUCCUGAGGAAGCAGCUCCAUUGCUUGAUGUUAAUGAUCCUGUAGAACCGGAAGCAGAACGAGAAAAACUGAGCAGCCCGGUUAUGACGAGACCAACAAGGGCCAGGAAACUGCCGGAAAGAUUUAAGACUUUGUCAUUUUGGUUUACGACGGUCAAUUUAAUAACGCUAGUUUUGACAGGCAGUGAACAGCUUUGCAUAUUUUCCAUUUUUGCUAGGUUUGUAAAAAGCGGAGACUGGGACAUUGAGGACAUCACAGCUAAAAUAUCAGAAACUGACCAUGGCGACUGCUGCCCGUUUAACUUCAGUGAGGUUGUAUACGCCCUGCUGAUGAAACGCAUCCCUUCUGUUACACUAACAGUCAUCGCACUAAGUAGCUUCCUAAUUCAUGUUGAAAGUGGAGAACGCAUCGGCUUUGUUACAACUAUUCUGCUCGCCAUGACAGUGUUUCUACUUGUCAUCCCAUCCUAUCUUCCAGUAAUAUCGGACGGACUCCCAAUCCUUGGCAUAAACCUUCAAAUUACUAUGAUCAUUAUAGCGCUAGUCCUCUUCGCCAACAUUUUCGUUCUGAGGGUUUACUUUAUGGAAGGGACGCCUCCAAACUGGACUGGAAAACUCUGUGACUUCUGCAGCGUUAAGAAGAGUAAAAGAGUCAAACGGAUUCAUGUAUCACAGCAUGAUGGUGCCCACCCAGCAAUUGCGAAAUCCACUGCGACAAUGACCAGUAUCGAGACUGAGGCCAGCAGCGGGAGCCGUGUUUUGGGUAAAAGAGUUGAUGAUCAGGAAUUCACUUGGCGACAGAUGUCAAUUAAAAUGGAUCAAGUAUUUUUUUGUAAUACUCGUUAUUGUUUCGUUCAUUGCGUAUGCCGUGACUUUUGCAACAUGACUAAACACUUUGUUGUUGCUUUGUGAAGGACAACUCGCUGCAAACAUUUUACCAGCUCACGCCCUCGCAUUGUUGUAAAUUGAACGUUCAUGAACUUUAUAUCCAAAAUCGACCUAACUGUCUCUCCAAUGUAACGAUCGUUAACAUAGCCUGUUUGAUUGUGACGAAUAAUGCUUGGCACAGCAUUUUUACUUUGAAUGUAAUUACUUUUGAAAUU